UUAUGCAUUCUACAAGUAUGUACAUAUGAUGUCUUGAAAGGCUGUGAAGGUCUUCAGAUUUUUCACCAAGUUUAAGAAGAAACUUCUUGAGGAGCUUGGGGAGAAUAGACUUCCGUAUCUGACACCAUCUGAUGCUGAUUUCCACCAGCUGUGGAAGACCAAGUAUUCCAAGCUGAUUUUCAGGAAAUCUGAUACAGUACCUGAAGAGCUCCAUCAAAUGGUGCAAGAAAGCUUUCUGACCUUGCGAGAACAUGACUGUUUCUUUCAAGAUCUUGUAAGGAUCAAAGGAAAAGACUUUCUUACUCCAGUGUCUCGUAUAUUGAUUGGAAACCCAGGAUGCACUUAUAAGUACUUGAACACAAGAUUGUUUACAGUUCCUUGGCCUACAGAAGGUUAUGAUAUAAAAUACUGCAGUCCUCGAAUACAUGAUGCUUGUAAAGCAUUAAUGAGACUUAAUGACUACUUGCAUAUUGAAGCAGUCAGGGCAUUACAAGGACAAAAUUUUUUUGAGACUAAAAUUAAAGAUACUACUUUAAUAGAUAGGGAGCAAAGUUUUGCUACUUCUCUUACAGAGCAAGGGUCUGUUUCAAGAGGUCAAAGCAGUGUUUGUGUAGCAGAGGAUGACAGAAGUCUAAAGAACAGAACAUCUUAUAAUUUGACUUUAUUAAAUUAUAUGGAUCCACUACAAAUGCUGUACUUGAAACAAGAACCUUACUUUGGAAUGGGGAACGUGGCAGUGAGCUGGCACCAUGAUGAGAAUCUGGUGGAAAGGUCAACAGUGGCUGUGUACAGUUACAGCUGUGAAGAUUCAGCCAUACAAGAAAGCAAUGAACAAGAACUGAAGGGAAGAGACCCUGCUGUUUGGCAUGUGGGCUUGAAGGUAGCAUGGGACAUAGAGACACCUGGAUUGGCAGUACCACUUCACCAAGGAGACAUCUACUUGAUGCUUGAUGAUCUCAAUAUGACACAUCAGCACUGUGUUCUGGCUGGUUUAUCACCUCGGUUCAGCUCAACUCACAGGGUGGCAGAUUCUUCAAGAGGAACACUGGAAUACAUAAUUGGACGGUGUGAACUGGCACUCCAGAAUUUACAGACUGACUCUGAUUCAAUGGCUUUGUCUUUGAAAUCACUGGAAGCUACAGUGGUGAAGCAAGUAGAAGAAAUACAUAAUGAGGUUGAAUUUGAGUGGCUUAGGCAGUUUUGGUUCCAAGGCAAGAGGUAUUUGAAGUGCACUGAUUGGUGGCUUAAGCCUAUGGCUAAAUUGGAAGAAUUUUGGAGAAAACUGGAGGUUAUGACAAGUCUGCUCCUCUCUGAAGUUAGAAAAGAGCAACAAAUUGAGGAACAAAGGAAUGAGACCAUCAGCUGCUUCCUGCUCCUUCUUAAGGAGAGACAAAAGCUGCGUAAGGAAUGGACAGCAAGAUGCCAGUCAGAUGCAGCAGAGAGUUUGCCAGAAGACCAGAAACCAGAAUGCCAUCCCUUCUGGACAGAUGAUGAUGAAUCUAAUAUGCCUCUGCCAUAUGAUCUAGAAGAAGUAAUUGCUUAUCUACAAAAUCUUGUUCAAUGAAUAGAAUAACAAGUGACCUUCCUGCCUAGAAUUAUUGAUGCUAGUCUUCUAGGGAGAAGCUUUGUCAUAUCAUAAAUCUUUCAGCUUUAUGAUUCCUUGAUCAUAUGUUAUUUUAUGUGUCAAUGCAGAUUUUACCAGUCUUUACACAGUAGCUUAGUUACUGUCUGAUAAUAAAAAAGAUCAGCCCCCAAACUUACAGAAGCCUGUGUUUUUUAAGACCUGAAGUCCAGAACACCAGCCUUAGCUUCCUCCUCCUCCACUCUAAUUCCCACUGACCCUACAGCCCAGGGAUAUCUGUGUUUCACAGAAUGGCAGAAUGGGUCAGGUUUGAAGGGACCACCGUGGGAUCAUCUGGUCCAACCUCCCUGCUCAAGCAGAAUUACCCAAGGCACAGGGCACAAGGCUGUGUCCAGAGAGCUGUGGAGUAUCCCCAGCGAGGGAGGCUCCACAGCCUCUGGCCAGUCUGUUCAGUGCUCGGGCACUGCACAGCACAGCACUCCUUGCUCAUGGCCAGGGGAACUUCCUGGGCAUCAUUCCUGCCCUUCCUCUUGUGCCACUCUACCAGGAGCAGAGCUCUGACACUCCUGCAGAUACUGACAGACAUCAGUAAUGUCCCCUCUCAGCAUCUCUUCUUGAGGCUGAGCAAACCCAACUCUGCUGGUGUUCUCUUGGUGUCUAAAUUUCAGCCUCCAUGAGUGCCUGGAACUCUCUGGCCUGGCAGGUUUGAGCAAGCCAAGGUGUAGCUCACACCUGUGGCAAAGCAGACUGUGUGAUCUGGGCAUCCUAAUGAGAGGCCAGCUUGGGGUGAGCCAGCUGGAGAUCUUCAAAACAGAGCUGUGAAUUCUCCAUCCAGUACCACAAAGGGGCAGGAGAUGCUGGAGAUACUCAUUUGUGCAGUGGCUCCUUCUUAGACCAUUUUUCAGAUUAGGAAUUCUGUAGGAGCGUUCUAACAUAGAUCCCAAGACUUUCUUAUUGUUUUGCCUCAUGGCAACUGAGUACUACUAAGAGAGAUUUCUGAUGUGAAUCUAUACCUGCUGGGCUCCCUGGAAUUCAGAAGUCAGUUCCUAAUCAUUGCAUUGUUUCUGCAUGUUGUGAAUCCUAUUCUGAGGCCAGGUUUCCCAGUGCAUUGUCUAAAGAGCUGAUGGACCUAAGUAAGACCUUCCAUUUGGGUUGUUUGGUCCCCUGAGAAACUAGAUUUAGAUUGUGUGAUAUUAGGUAUUGCAGCAUCAAGUGAAAUCUAUGAGCACAAAACCAGAAUACUAUAAGAAACUAAGCUGUCUGAUGUUUUGUAGUAACAUACCAUAAAAAGCACAAUUCUGUGUGGGAUGAUACAGGGUGUUCCUGAAUGAGAAUUUUGAUUUGGUAAAUUGCCAUUUUAACUGAACUGGUUGGACUGGUGUCCAACUUUGCCACAAAAAGCAGAAAAUCAUUAGGGUGAAAAAGCACUCAGGCUGUAUUACCACUACAAAAGAAGCCAGUAAGGUUCAGAGUUUGAGGUUGCCACCAAGAAAUGAAUAUGCUUCCUGUGUUAGUGUGGUGUUUAAAGUCUCUGCUGAGGCCAGGCUCACCCAGAACACACCAGCUUUCUGUACUGGCAAAGUGCUGUGUGUGUGGAUGAGGCUUGUACUCCUGAAAAUUGUGCUUUUGGCAGUAUAACAUAUGCCAGAACUCCCUGGAGCUAAGGAAGCUGUGCCAGUAAAAAUUCAGUUUUAGUGGUAUAAAACUGUGUCCACACCUACCAGCUUUUGCCAGGACAAUUAUAUCAAGUAGAGAUUGGACCUCAUAAGGUUUUUGGUAAAGCUGUGCCAGCAAAAGUAUAAAUACCUGAAUCAAGUGUUUCCAUUGUAGUCUUGGGCUCCUGUGAAAACUUUUAGUUACCCUGUAGAAUGUAAAGACUCUCUGAAGAAUAAGUUAUUAUUUAAACUAGGUUUGAUAAUAUUACUUUGAUUCACACAUUUAUCUGUUGUCUCUUGUGCCAUAGAUUUCAUAACAUUUGGAAAUUCUGAUGUGGGCAUAGUGUUUUUCUUCCCUGCACUAGCUAAAGCUGGCUUUACCAGUGGGCAAAUAGCACAUAUUUGGAUUAGUGCCACACUAAACUUUGUUUACUUUGGAGAUCGUUUAGAGAAAAGCUAGCUGAAGAUGUGGGAAUUCUGCAUUUGAAAAGGCAGUUCUCAGAAACAGAUACUGAUUUGGAAAUGAGCAAUAUGAAUUCAGUCAAGCUAAUGAUGUAAGAGUGUUAACACUGUUUAGGGGGACUGUUUAUUUAUGCUGUUAUUUUAUGAUUACUUUGUGUUUAAUUAGGCACUGCUAAAAUCCAUGGGGAUCGCAGUAUUGAAAGGAAUCUGACCACCACAAAGGGUGGAGAAGGCACAUCAAUGAUGUAGUUUUUAGCUGAAGUGGAGGCAAAGCUAUUAAAAAAAGUGAUUGUCAAAUAAUUAUUUCCAGCAGCAGUAAAAAUAAACCCAAUCCAAAACAACCCCAAACCUAUUAGGAGACUGCUGGCAGUAAUAAUAGAAUUUUUAGAAUACAUGUUCCCAGGUCUUGCCUAUGCUUGAAGAUUUAAGGUAGUGAAUUAGUUGAACUAGUACUAGUCUCAGUGCAGUCACAUAGCACUUAUCUAAGCCAGGGAUAGCAAUGACAUGGACAAAUGAACACCUUUAGAAUGAAGAAGACUGCCAAAACAGCAAGAAUCAAGUGGUUUAGGGCUCUGUGUUGCAUUCCAAUCUUGCAUCAUCUAAAUCAGUAUAACCUGAUUGAGUUCAGCUGAAAUGCAGAAGUAUGAGAAGAUUUCAUAUCUCCAAAGCCCACAGGAGUUGAUAGCAAUAACACAAGUAAGUUGGUGUUACUGUUUGAAGCACAUGGUAAUGCCAAAGGGUACCCCAAAAGGAGAACACAGUUAAAGGUAAAUAUAUAUCUAAAACCUGAGAAAUGAAAUGUAAAUUAUUGCUGUGUUUAGAUUAUGUGUUAGAAGCUGACAAAUACUUUGAAGAUUUCUUUAUUUUAUUCAAGUAGUUAUAAUUUAGCUUGUUUCAAUGAUUCUUUAGCAAUCCAUUUAUAUUCUAGCAUUAGAUAACCCAUUUCCUUUUUGGAUGAGCUGGAAGACACAGCCUCUAAUUAAUGUUCUGUGUUUAGCAAUUAUUUGCCAGGCCUGGAUGCUUUAGAAGCAUGAGGACCAAGGUCAAGUUUUUUCAAGGAAGAGGUGAGAGCAUGAAUUAACUUCUGACAUUAAAUUCAGUGGUUCUUUUAAAAUGGUGAAGUUCACGACUUUGCUUACAUUUACUUUCAUCAGCCAGGACUGAACGGAGGUAAGAUAGUUCACUUGCACGUGUGCAUCAGGCUAAAUGGAUUGCAGAAGAUACAGAUCUGUUUGCCUGUCUGCACUUGCCUUUAGACAAUAUUCAUCAAUUUUACAAAAGCUACUGACUAAACAUGGAACCAGUACAAAUGAAAUGCUCAAGGCAAGGGCUUUCUUUUUUAAAUCUGAUACAGAGUUGGUUUUACACUGAUAGAAAAUGUUGGCAGAAAAUGAAAACUUCUAUUGUUUCUGUAAUUGAGGGGGAUUAAAGAUACAGAGUGUUUUUAAAUAUUUGAUAGAAAACUGCUGUGUUAUGCAAUGUAAUUAGAAAUGUUUUUAUAAUGCUUUGCUCAUAUCCCUG